AUGCGGGCGGCGUCGGGGCACCCUCCCGGCAGCCACCGGCGUCAGGAGCUGGCGGUUGCUGGCGGGGGGCACGGGCCUGCGUGACUCCUCCUCCCCGCCGCCGGUCCCGGGGGACAGCCACUUUGUUCCAUACGCCGCCGUUGCCAUUGUGAAACCGGCUCCGGCGGCGGCCGCGCCAGCUGCCGGCGGCACCCGGCCCACCUCCCGCCUGGCCCCCGGCCGUGGGGCCCGGAUGCCGCCGGGGCCGGAGCGGCGCUGGAGGCGGACGCGGCGAUGACCGGGGCGUAGCGGGCGGCGACCGGAGCCGCGGGCCGCCUCGCCGACGAUGAACGGGACGGCCAACGUGAACCCGGCCGGCCGAAGCCACUUCGCCUCCGCCAUCCCGGUGCCGCGCGGCGCCGCGCAGAGCAGGCCGCCCGCCGCCGCCCCGCGGCCCCCCGCCCGCCAGAGCGCCUCGGGGCCGCCCAAGGCGCCGGGCCCCGGCCCCAAAAGCCUCAAGGCCAAGGGCGGCCGCGAGCGACGGGCCGAGGACGGCGGCGACGGGCCGCCGAGACCCCCGGAACCGGCGCAGGAGCCUCCGAAAGGCGCCGGGGAGGCGACGGCGGGCAGGAGCGGGGGGCGCCCGGCCCCGCGGGGGGACGGCGGGGAGGCCACCCGCCGCCCCCCGGACAAGCCCCGGGGCGGCUCGCAGGGCAAGGGCCCCGCCGUGGGCGCGGGGGCCGGCGCCUUCUCCUCGGCCUCGCCGCGCGGCCGCCCUGUCACGGCCACCGUGGCGCCUUUCCAGUACCGGCUGCAGGAGGCCGGGGAGCAGAGGGCCGCGGCGGCGGGGGACGAGCAGGAUGGUGCUGAGCCGGGGCCGCAGCCUGGAGGCCUGACCGCAGCAGCAGCCACAGCAGCAGCCGCCGGCGGGUUAAAUGGUUCCAGCGCGGGGAUGCUGGGGAGCAACCUCAAGAGCCUUCCCGACGUGGAGCUGGGCGAGGAGGGCGCGGCGGAGCUGCGCGGCUACCGGCGGGGCCCCGACGGCGGCGCGGUGAUGCCGAAGCGGGCCAAGGCGGCGGCGGCGGCGGCGGCGGCGGCGGCGGGGCCGCGGGGCGCCGAGCUGCGCGUCUUCAAGGCGGGCAGCGCCGAGGGCCGCUUGCCGGGGGGCACCAACCUGCGCAAGCAGAAGUCGCUCACCAACCUGGCCUUCCUCACGGACGCCGAGAAGAAGCGGCAGCUCUACGAGCCGCGCUGGAGCGACGACAUGGCCAAGGCGGCGGCGGCGGCGGCGGGCGGGGGGGGGCGCGGCGGCCCCCGCGCCCGCGAGGCGCCCGCCAUGUCGCGCAGCCUGUCCCGCUCCGAGCACUCGCUGCUGCCGCCGCGCCCCGCCGCCGCCCCCGCCGCCAAGCCGCCGCCCGCCGCCGCCAAGCCCAGCCGCAUCCCCCGCGGGCCCUACGCCGAGGUGAAGCCGCUCAGCAAGGCCCCCGAGGCGGGCGGCGGCGACGGCAAGUGCGACGACGAGCUGCUGAGCGGCAAGGGCAAGGCGGCGGCGCCGGGCGCCGAGGAGAAGCCCUACCUCAAGGUGGACCCCGAGCUGGUGGUGACGGUGCUGGGCGACCUGGAGCAGCUCCUCUUCAGCCAGAUGCUGGACCCCGAGUCCCAGAGGAAGAGGACGGUUCAGAACGUGCUGGACCUUCGGCAGAACCUGGAGGAGACCAUGUCCAGCCUCAGGGGCUCCCAAGUGUCUCACAGCUCCCUGGAGAUGACCUGCUACGACAGCGACGAAGCCAACCCCCGGAGCGUGUCCAGCCUGUCGAACCGCUCGUCCCCGCUGUCCUGGCGCUACGGGCAGUCCAGCCCGCGCCUGCAGGCCGGGGACGCGCCGUCGGUCGGGGGGAGCUGCCGCUCCGAGGGCAGCCCCAGCUGGUACAUGCACGGCGAGCGGGCGCACUACUCGCACACCAUGCCCAUGCGCAGCCCCAGCAAGCUGAGCCACAUCUCCCGCCUGGAGCUGGUUGAGUCGCUGGACGCCGACGACGUGGAGCUCAAGUCGGGCUACAUGAGCGACAGCGACUUGAUGGGGAAGACCCUGACGGAGGAUGACGACAUCACCACGGGCUGGGAUGAGAGCAGCUCCAUCAGCAGCGGCCUCAGCGAUGCCUCCGACAACCUCAGCUCGGAGGAGUUCAACGCCAGCUCCUCGCUCAACUCCCUGCCCUCCACCCCCACGGCGUCGCGGAGGAACUCGGCCAUAGCGCUGCGCACGGACUCGGAGAAGCGCUCGCUGGCGGAGAGCGGGCUGAGCUGGUACGGCGAGGCGGACGACAAGGCCCCCAAGAAGCUGGAUUACGACAGCAGCAGCCUCAAGAUGGAGCACGGCUCCUCCAAGUGGCGGCGGGAGCCGUCGGAGAGCUGCGAGGAGGUGCCGAAGGGCGGCGAGCUGAAGAAGCCCGUUAGCCUGGGCACCCCGGGGUCCCUCAAGAAGGGCAAGACCCCCCCGGUGGCGGUGACCUCCCCCAUCACCCACACGGCCCAGAGCACCCUCAAAGUGGCAGGCAAGCCUGAGACCAAAGCCACUGACAAGAGCAAGCUGUCCGUGAAGAACACGGGCCUGCAGCGUUCCUCCUCUGACGCUGGCCGCGAUCGCGUUGCCGAUGCCAAGAAGCCGCCCUCGGGCCUUGCGCGCCCCUCUGCCUCCAGCUCCUUCGGCUAUAAGAAACCGGCUCCCACCACCGGCACCGCCACCGUCAUGCAAGCUGGGGGCUCGGCCACCCUGGGCAAGAUCCAGAAGAGCUCCGGCAUCCCCGUCAAGCCGGUCAGCGGGAGAAAAACGAGCCUGGAUGUCUCCAACGCGGCUGAGCCCGGCUUCCUGGCCCCAGGGGCCCGUUCCAACAUCCAGUACCGCAGCCUGCCCCGGCCGGCCAAGUCGAGCUCCAUGAGCGUGACGGGCGGUCGCGGUGCGAACCGCCCCGUCAGCAGCAGCAUCGAUCCCAGCCUGCUCAGCACCAAGCAGGGCAGCAUCUCGGUGUCGCGGCUCAAGGAGCCGUCCAAGAUCGGUGCAGGCCGUGGCACGCCGGCCCCCGUGAACCAGACGGACCGCGAGAAGGAGAAGGCCAAGGCCAAGGCUGUGGCGCUCGACUCCGAGUGCGUGACGCUGAAGAGCAUCGGCUCGCCCGAGAGCACCCCGAAGGCCCAGGCCAACCUCCCGCCGGCGGCCAAGGUGGCCGAGCUGCCCCCCACGCCACUCAGAGCGGCUGCCAAGACCUACGUGAAGCCUCCCUCGCUGGCCAACUUGGACAAGGUCAACUCGAACAGCCUGGACUUGCCCUCCUCCAGCGAGCUGCACCCCCCGCACACUGCCAAGCUCCAGGACCUGCACCCAGCCGGAGGGCACCUCACGCCCUGCUUCAGUCCCAGUCCUGCCCCCAUCCUCAACAUCAACUCGGCCAGCUUCUCCCAGGGCCUGGAGCUCAUGGGCGGCUUCAGCGUCCCCAAGGAGGGCAGGAUGUACCCCAAGCUCUCAGGCUUGCACCGCAGCAUGGAGUCCCUGCAGAUGCCCAUGAGCCUGCCCAGUGCCUUCUCGGGGGGCAGCACCCCUGCCCCCGCCCCUGCUGCUGUCCCCGCUACCAGCACGGAGGAAGAGGAAGAGGCUGGUGAACUGGGCUGGAGCGGGAGCCCCCGGCUUGCACAUCUGGACAGCUCCAACCGCGACAGGAACACGCUGCCCAAGAAAGGGUUGAGGUACCAGCUCCACUCCCAGGAGGAGGCCAAGGAGCGGCGCCAUUCCCACACCAUCGGCGGGCUCCCCGAAUCGGACGACCAGACGGAUCUGCCCUCGCCCCCUGCCCUCCCCGUGGCGCUCGUCGGGAAAGGCCCGCUCACCAACAUCGUGAGCCCCACUGCCGCCACCACCCCGCGGAUCACCCGCUCCAACAGCAUCCCCACCCACGACUCCACCUUUGAGCUGUACAGCACGUCCCAGAUGGGCAGCACCCUCUCCCUGGCAGACAAGCCCAAGGGCAUGAUCCGCUCGGGCUCCUUCCGGGACCCUGUGGAUGACGUUCACGGAUCGGUGCUGUCCCUGGCGUCGAGCGCUUCUUCCACCUACUCCUCCGCUGAGGAGAAGAUGCAGUCCGAGCAAAUCCGCAAGCUGCGCCGCGAGCUGGAGUCCUCGCAGGAGAAGGUGGCCACCCUGACAUCCCAGCUGUCGGCCAACGCCAACCUGGUCGCAGCUUUCGAGCAGAGCCUGGUGAGCAUGACGUCCCGCCUGCGGCACCUGGCCGAAACUGCCGAGGAGAAGGACACAGAGCUGUUGGACCUGCGGGAGACCAUCGACUUCCUGAAGAAGAAGAAUUCGGAGGCCCAAGCCGUGAUCCAAGGGGCCUUGAAUGGCACCGACGUCACACCCAAAGAGUUGCGCAUCAAGCGGCAAAACUCCUCCGACAGCAUCUCCAGCCUCAACAGCAUCACCAGCCACUCCAGCAUCGGCAGCAGCAAGGACGCCGAUGCCAAGAAGAAGAAGAAAAAGAGCUGGCUGCGAAGCUCCUUCAACAAGGCCUUCAGCAUCAAGAAGGGGCCCAAAUCAGCCUCAUCUUACUCGGACAUUGAGGAGAUCGCCACGCCAGACUCGUCGGCCCCAUCCUCGCCCAAGCUGCAGCACGGCUCCACGGAGACUGCCUCACCCUCCAUCAAAUCCUCCACAUCCUCCUCCGUGGGCAUCGACACGGCUGAGCUCUUCCAGGCCCACAGCGAGGGGGAGCCGGAGAAGAAGGAGGUGUCAGAGCUGCGGUCAGAGCUGUGGGAGAAGGAGAUGAAGCUGACGGACAUCCGCUUGGAGGCCCUGAACUCGGCCCAUCAGCUGGAGCAGCUGCGGGAGACCAUGCACAACAUGCAGCUGGAGGUGGAUCUCCUGAAGGCCGAAAACGACCGGCUCAAGGUGGCUCCGGGGCCCUCGUCGGUGCCAGGCUCCAUACCCGGGCACGUCACGAGCACGUCGGCCUCCUCUUCGCCGCGGCGCUCGCUGGGUCUCGCCCUCGGCCAUGCCUUCACCCCCAGCCUGGCGGACGCAGAUGUGUCCCCUAUGGAUGCCGUCAGUGCUGGCACCCAGAAGGAUGAGCUGACGCUGAGGAUCGUGGUGCGCAUGCCGCCCCAGCACAUCAUCAAGGGGGACCUCAAGCAGCAGGAGUUUUUCUUGGGCUGGACCAAGGUGAGCGGGAAGAUCGACUGGAAGAUGCUGGAUGAGGCUGUCUGCCAGGUCUUCAAGGAUUAUAUCACCAAAAUGGAUCCUGCUUCCACCCUGGGGCUCAGCACUGAGUCCGUGUAUGGCUACAGCAUCAGCCACAUCAAGCGGGUCCUGGACACGGAGCCGCCGGAGCUACCGCUGUGCCGCCGGGGCCUGACCAGCAUCGCCGUGACGCUCAAAGGCUUGAAGGAGAAGUGUGUGGACAGCCUGGUGUUCGAGACGCUCAUCCCCAAGCCCAUGAUGCAGCAUUACAUCAGCCUCCUGCUGAAGCACCGGCGGCUCAUCCUCUCGGGACCCAGCGGCACCGGCAAGACCUACCUGACCAACCGCCUGGCCGAGUACCUGGUGGAGCGCUCGGGCCGGGACGUCACCGAGGGCAUCGUCAGCACCUUCAACAUGCACCAGCAGUCCUGCAAGGACCUGCAGCUGUACCUCUCCAACCUGGCUAACCAGAUCGACCGGGAGACGGGCACGGCGGACGUGCCGCUGGUGAUCCUCCUGGACGACCUCAGCGAGGCGGGCUCCAUCAGCGAGCUCGUCAACGGCGCCCUCACCUGCAAGUACCACAAAUGCCCCUACAUCAUUGGCACCACCAACCAGCCCGUGAAGAUGACCCCGAACCAUGGCCUCCACCUCAGCUUCAGGAUGCUGACCUUCUCGAACAACGUGGAGCCAGCCAAUGGCUUCCUGGUGCGCUACCUGCGGCGGAAGCUGCUCGAGUCGGACACAGACGUCAACGCCAACAAGGAGGAGCUGCUGCGUGUGCUGGACUGGGUGCCCAAGCUCUGGUACCACUUGCACACCUUCCUGGAGAAACACAGCACUUCCGACUUCCUCAUCGGUCCCUGCUUCUUCCUGUCCUGCCCCAUCGGAAUUGAGGAUUUCCGGACCUGGUUCAUCGACCUGUGGAAUAACUCAAUCAUCCCCUACCUGCAGGAAGGGGCAAAAGAUGGGCUCAAGGUCCACGGGCAGAAGGCGGCUUGGGAGGACCCCGUGGAGUGGGUGCGGGACACCCUGCCCUGGCCGUCAGCGCAGCAGGACCAGUCCAAGCUCUACCACCUGCCCCCACCCACCAUCGGGCCCCACAGCACCGUUUCCCCCCCCGAGGAGCGCACCGUCAAAGACACGACACCCAGCUCCCUGGACGCGGACCCUCUGAUGGCCAUGCUGCUGAAGCUCCAGGAGGCCGCCAACUACAUCGAGUCUCCGGACCGAGAGACCAUGGUGGAUCCCGACCUGCAGUCGACUCUGUGAGGCCCAGACGUGCCGGCCCAGGCGGAGGGGAGCCAGACGCCAGCCGUCGCUCCCGCCGGGCUGCUCUUCUUUUCCUUCGGUAUCCUGGAGCGCGGGGCUGGCGAGCGAGCGGAGAGGACUGGGGCUCCGGUGCCUCCUGGCAGCGCGUGGGGAAGCUCAGCUCAUCCGUGGGCGAGCGCGAGGUGCCAUCUCCCCUCCCGACUCUGGGGGUAGGAGAAUCCUGGUUUCUCUUCUUGUUUUUCUUUUUUUUUUUUUUUUCUGUCUCUCUCGCAAACUUUGGGGCUUUGGGGCAGGGGUGACCGAUGUGGCCAGGCAGCCGCAGCUGCAGGAAGGCCCCUGCGUGGGGCAGGGACCCCGCGGGAGCCGCCUGGGGCGAAGCCGGGGGGCCCGGGAGGAGCAUGGGGUGCUUCGCCUUUGUGCAUCCCUCUCCAUCCGGUCCCUCUCCCCGCGGCCGAGGGAGGGCACGCGACGACGGAGCUGCCGCCGUGGGAAGCUCCGGCGGAGACCCAGCGGGCGACGGGCGAGUACCGGGAGGAGCCCGGCUCUCGCUGCUAUCUCUGUAUGUUCCCUGUUUAACCUGCAUGGCAGCCGCUGCAACCAGGACAGCCCAAUAAACCCUGCUUUGGUUAUUUUAUUUUAUUUCCCCUUACGCCCCUUUUCUGUUGGCCGAGUCCAGACUUUGCUUUGAUCCCUCUUUUUUUAUUUUUGUUCUGUUUUUUUGCUCUCUCCUGGCCUGGAGCCCGCGGCCUGGUGCCCGUCGCUUCCCCUCGAGCGGCUCCUUUUCCUUUCGGUUUCUUUUGCAGCCGUCGCUUCCACCACUCAAACCACCUCUGUCACGAAACUGGUGCUCACUGGACGAUCUCCAGUCCCUGAAUCCACCUCCCGGGGCCUCGCAGCUUGGCUGAGACGGCACCUGGCAUCCGGGGGCGGCGGGAUGCUCCCGGGGCAGCCCCAGGCCUGGCGGCUCCCCAAAAGCACAAGGCAGAGCCCGGCCCCGGGGAUGGGGGGGUCUCCACCAGGCCACGGUGCCUGUUGGCACCCCCUCCUCUCGGGACCCCGAGCUCUGUCCCCGCGCUGCCCUGUAGCUGCGUGUCCCCCUUGCUGCCGGUGCCACGAGCCCCUCGGCAUGCUGGUGGCAGGGGCUGGCAUGCCGUGCCAAAUUGAGGUCUGCAGGGGCUCGCCGUGUCCCCCGUGGGAUCCCUGGGGACACACCGGGCGCCCCGGACCCUCCAGCGCCCUCGGCCCGAAUGUGCGGUUCCCUGCGCCAGGCUCCUGGCACGGAGGGGAUCAGCCUCGGUGCUGCCACGCUGCCUUAAUCCCUGGACCCUGUGGCGAGGGGGGACGCGGGGCUGGGGCUGGCACAGCCCGCUGGUGUCCCCACAGGAGCAGGGCACUGGCUGUGGUCUCCUGGUGCCUUUGCGUGCUGGGGACGGGCACGGGGCUGUCUCGUGGGGCCGCUGUCCCCGUGCCCCGCUCCGAGCUGGGGCCCCGGUCACCCCUGCGCCGUGGUCCAGCUCGGCUCCCGAACGCUGACCCGGGCCGAGGGCUGGGCACGCCUGGGCCCAUCUCUCCUGGAGCGUUUUCUGAGGAGAGGCGAGCUGGUGCUGUCCCCAAAUGUCCCCACUACGGGCACCAGGUGGCCCAGCCCCAGCUGGCCCGGCUUUUGGGGAUGCCUCAGCCCCCUCCUCGCCAGGCGCCUUCGCGAGGGUCCCGCCUGGCCCCGGCGCCUCCGCCCUUGGUGCUCUCGAGCUGCCGGCGCUCUCACCCGGCGCCUCUUGCCUUGCCGCGCGGGGCGGCCCAUGGUGCUCACCCCUCUGUCCGUCCCACGGCCUCGCCCCCCCCCCCCGAGACCCCAUGGCCUCCCCGUCGGCCCCCCGCCCCGUGUCGCUUCGCGUCGCAGCCCCUCGCUGCCGGGCCCCUCUUGGCGCGGGGCUUCCCCUCCCCGCGCCGCCUCGGCCGCCGGGGCUUUUCCUUUGCCUUCUCUCGCGUUGCCGCCGUCGGCUAAGGCCUCGCUGUAAAUAGAUCCGUACUCGAACGACCCGCGUGAGUUGGUGGGGCCCGGCCCUGCGCGUCUUUCCUUUAUUUUUUUUUUUUUUUUGUACUCGCUGUGAUAACUGUGCUGUGCUGACUUCUUUUUCCGAUUGUACGAGACACCCGGCCAGCAGGCGCUAGAGGCUGCCGGCGGGCGCCCUGCCCUCCGGCCCCUCUCCCCUCCUCGGGGCUCCCCAGGGCACCUCGAGGUGCCCCCAGCUCGGGCGAUGCCCUCUCGCCUCCCCUAAGCCCCUGAGCCGGCGACCGGACCCCUCGGCGGUGGCCUCGGGGCUGUGCCGCUGGGCGUCCCCACCUUGCGCCGGGCUUUGUCCCCUCCUUCCCCACUCGCUGGCUCCCGGCACCCCGGGGCUCUCCGGCCCACCGUGCUCCUCCAGCCGGAGCUGGGUGGUGUAAAUCAGGAGGAAACCCCGAGGUCCAUGGAGGACAGGAAGGUGAGGCCACCAGACGUGUCCUGAGGGCCAUCACGUGGCACUGGGGGGGGGGAUUUCACUGGGGUUACCCAGGUGAAGGAGACGGGGCCCGGGAGCUUCCUCCUGCGUUACAUCGAGCCCCCCGUGCCCCUAAGUGUGGGGUGGGCUGAGCCCCUUCCGCCCUGGCCCGCACGGCUCUGCCGGCCACGGUCGAGGGGGGCGUCCUAAAAUUGCACUAACUCGUCCCCUCGCCAUCCCCGGCGGUGCCCCGCUGAGCGCCAGCAGCCCUGCGAGGGGCCGGAGCCGGGCUGCGCCAGCGCCUCACGCUCCUUCACCCUCUAGCUACUGCUGCCCGGUGGCCCGAACCUUACAAUUUUAGCUUUUUUCUAUUAAAAACAAACGACCUUUUUUUAAUUAAAUAAACGACGAAAUGGACAACACUUCCUGUUUUAGAUGAUCUGUGUGAUUGACUGGGUUUUGUGUUUCUUAACUGCAUGGUAUUCCUUCCGAGGGGUUUUAUAGCACUUUUUAAAUUUCUCUUUAAGAUUUUGGUCCAGAUUUCUACUGCUCUCGCCUGUCUGUCUUUGCUUUCUCCUUGCCUUCUCCAAGUUUGUAAACUCGCUCCAUUUUAUACCUGAUGGCGACAACCCCAACCCCACCGAUCUGACGUUGUACAUAGCUGCGGGAACAAUCAUAGGGAACAAACACCAUCUGGACUCUUUCCCCCAUUCGUUGUUUUUACUUAAACGCCAUUUUAAGAACGUGUCAAAGGAAAGCCCGGAAAAGGCUUGAGGAUAUUACUAAAGACGGCAACAAAUCCAGCCCUGCACCAAGUCAGCUCCUGCUGCCCACGCUGCCCGCACCGAACGGCAUGUCUCUUCUCGGUCGUCUGUCUAACACCAUUGGAUUCAAUAAAGUUAUCUCCUGUA